CCGCUAUCACCGGACGCACUCGUACUCGGGAUACUCUAUCUCACUGACAGGUGGGACCAUGGAAAUUCUCAUGCUGCCCAGAGGAUGGGCGGCGCACCGGCGAGCGCCCACCGCCGGGCGCCGGCCUACAGGCCGCAGCGCGGUUCGCCUCCCCAAGCGUGAUGCGUCCAUACCCCACCUCGAGGAUGCCGUCGGCGAUGGCUAGUCUACCGACGAAUCCCGCGGGAAGAUCUCGUCGGGCGCCUUGUGGCUGGACCGACCGGCCGAUCUUUCUCGCGCUGGGCGGCUUAAGAAAUCGCAGAUGGUUGCUCCAUGGAAACAAACAAAGUGGUUGAUGGUUGUUGCAAUAUGGUACUCCCAUUUGGUUGUGGUGCAUCAACAGGCGGCGGCUGAGCGAACUACACGGUGAGAGUGAGAUAUGGCCAAUCGAUGAAUAUUUCUGUCUGUCUUUCUUGUUGACAACUUGACUAGACUUGAAUUUGCAGGCCUUAUGCAAUUUCGCAGUUCUUUCUAAUAAUUACAUAAAUCCUUUCUGCACCUUGACAGAUUCAAUGAUCUUGAAAUCUGCUUUGCGCAACUUGGCCGCCAUUUUUGUUUUGUUUUGUUUUUGGCAUGGCUGCAAAGUGCAAACUAGAUAGCGAUUGUUGCUAAGACUUAUGCGACAUGACAUUCAGUAAGCAUCUGCAGGAGUUGUGGAUGCUUCACGGGUUUGUGCUCUCUCCAAUGGAACCUCAGCAGCCUGAAGGGGCAAGAUGUCAUGUUGUAGAAAUCUGAUCCCCAUCAGUGGCAGCUUGUCUUGGGUUUUUCAAUUGGGAAAUUUCCCUUGCUCAUUGUGUUGAAAACUUCCUGAACCUGCCCCUUUGGCCGGCUCUUAUAUCUGCUAGGUUGUUUCUGCAUUGUUUAGCUUGUUGGGAACUUGGACUGAUUAGUAUGAACAGUCUGGCUUAAUAUUCUAAAGCUAAUCAAAGCAACUACUCCCAUGUAUGAAUUAAUUAUAUUUUGGGUCAGCAGCGUUCAAAUGUUCAUAUAUGUACACAAGAUGCAUCUUAAUUGACUGAUUUGAGUUGGAGGUUUAAUUAAUCGUAGAUUCCCUCAAGCCAUCUUGCUCUUAACCUGUCACUUUAUUUAUUUAUCUUAAGUUUUCAUGUUCUAUCCCCUAAUCUUUUUUGUACUAAUAACUUAGGCAGAUGAGUUGUGCUGUUUGUCUUCUCCAUUCUCUUAAUUAUCUGAAGGAUAUCCAUAUCUCUCCUCAUUAGGUGGCUUAGCUAAAGGCUACACAUUUAUCAGCUUUCUUUCUCUUGACUAAUUGACUGACCUUGAAGUGUGGGUGAUUCACACUUGCAUUCUUGAUAAUUUGACUAAUCUUGAAAUGCUAUUUGCGCACCAACAAAAAGUUGUUGAUGUGUACACCUUACCAGGUUUACUUACUCACUCUUUUUGUCCUGUUACCCUCCUUCAGUCAUUUUUCCUUUUUCUGCAUGCGCAGUUGACUUAUUAAGCAUAUAUAAGAGACUUUAAACUUGAAAGUUGCCCAGACACAAGCACUGGCAUCCAGAAGCAGGGAGGCAAGGCAGAUGAUGGAAGCUGUUGUUUGUGCAUCACAUGGAGCCAUGGGCUCCCUGCUAUGGAAGCUGGGUGCCUUGCUUUCUGAUGAAUACAGGCUUCUCACUAGAGUGAAGGCGGAGAUAAUGUUCCUUAAAGAUGAGCUUGAGAGUAUGCAUGCUUUCCUCAAGAAGAUGUCGGAGGUGGAGGACCCCGACGAGCAGUCCAACCGCUGGAUGAAGGAGGUGCGGGAGCUGUCCUACGACAUUGAAGACAUCAUCGACAGUUUUAUGUUCUCCCUCGGUUGUGAGUCCAACAGCAAGCCCAGAGGCUUCAAGGGGUUUGUUGGGAGGUGCUUGAGCUUGUUCACAGAUGCCAUGACACGCCAUUGGAUUGCCAAGAAGAUUCAACAUCUCAAAGUCCAUGUUAUAGAGGCUAGCAAUCGGCGGCAGAGGUACAAGGUUGAAGAUGCUUUCCCCAGACUGAGUAGGAUAAGCAUAGACCCUCGCUUGCCGGCAUUUUACACUGAGACAACAAGGCUUGUUGGCAUUGAUGGCCCGAGGGACAAACUUAUCAAGUUGCUAACAGAAGGACAUGGCACAGUGGCGCAGCUGAAUGUGGUUUCCAUUGUUGGAUUUGGAGGGCUUGGGAAGACUACUCUUGCUAACGAAGUGUACCGGAAGCUUGAAGGGCAAUUUGACUAUAGAGCUUUUGUGUCGAUGUCACAAAAACCUGACAUGAAGAAGAUAUUGAGGAAUAUACUUUACCAGUACAGUUGCCGAGAGUUUGGAAGCAACGAAUCAUGGGAUGAGCAGCAACUCAUCAACACAAUAAGACAUUUCCUCAAGGAUAAGAGGUACUUUAUUGUAAUCGAUGAUAUAUGGAGCACAUCAGCAUGGAGAACUAUCAGAUGUGCUUUUCCUGAAAACAAUUGUUCCAGUAGAAUAUUAACAACCACCCGCAUCAUGGCAGUUGCCAAAUAUUGUUGCUCUCCUCACCAUGACCAAGUGUAUGAACUAAAUCCUCUUGGUGCAACUCACUCUAAGAGUUUAUUCUUUAAAAGAACUUUUGGCUCUGAAGAUAUGUGUCCUCUUCAUCUGAAAGAAGUUUCCAAUAGAAUCUUGAAAAAAUGCAGUGGCUUGCCAUUGGCAAUCAUUACGAUAGCUAGUUUGUUGGCUACUAAAUCUAGAACAAAAGAAGAAUGGGAGAAGGUAUGGAAAUCUAUUGGUUCAGUACUUGAAAAAGAUACAGAAAUGGAAGAGAUGAAAAAAAUAUUGACCCUUAGUUACAAUGAUCUCCCCUACCAUUUGAAGACAUGCUUGUUAUAUCUAAGUAUGUUUCCUGAAGAUUAUGAGAUCAAGAGGGAUCGAUUAGUAAGAAGGUGGAUUGCUGAAGGUUUUAUCACUACAGAAGGUGGACAGGACAUGGAGGAAAUAGGAGAAUGUUAUUUCAAUGAUCUUAUCAACAGGAGCAUGAUUCAGCCAGUUGGAAUCCAGUAUGACGGUCGAGCUGAUGCUUGCCGUGUCCAUGAUAUGAUUCUUGAGUUCAUCGCAUCCAAAUCAGUUGAGGAAAACUUUGUAACCUUAUGUGGUGACCAAAAUCACAAGUCGGUGCCACAAGGUAAGGUUCGUCGGCUAUCACUCAACUAUUAUGCCCGAGAUGAUAUUAUGGUGCCAACAAAUAUGAUUGUCUCUAAUGUACGAACUCUCACCACCUUUGGACAUUCUGAGAAUAUGCCUUGUCUUUCCAACUUUCAACUCUUGAGAGUAUUAGAUCUAGAAAAUAGAGUUGUGUUGGAAUACAAUUAUCUUAAAGACAUAGAUAAGCUUUCUCAUUUGAGGUACCUGCGACUCAAUUCAAGAAGAAUAACUGCACUUCCUGAACAAAUAGGAGAACUAAAAAAUUUGCAGACCUUAGAUUUGAGAUGGACAAGGAUUCAAAGAUUGCCAGAGAGUAUUGUUCUCCUACAACGGUUAACAUGCUUAUUGGUUAACAGUUUAGAAUUGCCUGAAGGAAUUGGAAAUAUGCAAGCUCUACGGGAAUUUUCAGAGAUUGAAAUAAAUUGUCAUACAUCAGUGUCUUCUUUGCUGGAACUGGGCAGUUUAACUAAUCUAAGAAUUCUUGGGCUAAACUGGUGCAUCAUUGAUACAAAUUAUGCAAUGAAAACCUAUGCAGAAAAUUUGGUCACGUCCCUUUGCAAAUUGGGGACGCUCAAUCUUCGAUCAAUACAAAUCCAAAGUUGCCAUAGGUGCUCCCUUGAUUUCUUACAGGAUUCUUGGUCCCCUCCUCCUCGCCACCUCCAGAAAUUUGAUAUGUCCAUAGAUUACUAUUUUCCCAGAAUCCCGAACUGGAUGGAGUCACUGGAUUACCUCACUUACCUAGACAUUUACCUUAGUCCAGUGCAUGAGGAAUCGUUUCGGGCCCUUGGGGACUUGCCCAGUCUGUUAUUUCUCUGGAUAUCCUCAAGUGCAGUAAAGCCUAAAGAAGGGGUCAUUAUAAGCAGUAACGGAUUCCAUUGUCUGAAGGAGUUCUACUUCUCCUGUUGGGAAAUCGGGGCAGGGCUGACUUUUGAACAAGGAACGAUGCCAAUGCUUGAAAAACUCCGGGUUCCAUUUAAUGCACAUGGCGUGUGCUCUUUGCAUGGUGUUCUCGAUUUUGGAAUCCAGCACCUCUCUUCCCUGAAGCAUCUCCAAGUUGAGAUUGUUUGUCAUGGUGCGAGGCUUAAGGAGGUCGAAGCCUUGGAAGAAGCUGUCAAGAAUGCAGCCAGCGACCUUUCUGAUGAGCUGUCUCUUGAAGUAAGAAGGUGGGAUGAAGAGGAGAUCUUGAAGGACGGGGAGCAUAAACUGGCAGAAGAAGAGUUCGAUACUUAUCUUGAAUCAUAAAUAACUCAAUGCUGAGGGGAGGACAUGGCCAGGAGUGGGGAGAGUGCUCCGUACAAUCGCCAAGAUGUUGACAAGAUGGAAAGGCUCUGCUCGGGUCAAACAAGCACGAGCCGAUGGACGGGUGCAUUGGAGCAUUGGAGUUGGAAGAGGGGACAACCUCCCAGGAUCGGAUGGAGCGACUCAUCUUCUGCGAGAACCUCAAGUUUGGAAGUGUCACCUGGGGAUCAAUCCCGGCGGGGAUCAGUCGCUGCGGAGGAUGCUACAACGCGCUGGGAGUCCUCGACACACGAGUGACGGGCUUGGUGUUGAGGCUGUUGAGACCUUUUUGGCCGAUCAUGUUGAUCGUGACCCUGCUUUCAGCGGACGCGCCUAGAAUACGUUGAACUUGUACUGCAAUACUUUGAACACUUGUAGGCUUUGUUCUCGCAAUAAAGCGGGGGAGCCUUUCUCCUAAAAAAAAUUUCUCUC